GUCUAGCCAGUGACAAGCCACCUGGACAUCCAGCAUCCGUUGCGCCAUGUCCUCGGAGGCCGAGUGGAAGGAAUGCUUUGAUCUCUUUGACAAGGAGUCCUCCGGGAAAAUCAAAGCAGAUGAUCUGGGAGAGGCACUGCGGUCCCUGGGCCUUGUGCUCACCCAAAAAGAGGUCAGCAGCAUGAAGGAUGAAGUUGGUGCCUCCGUGUCCUGGGACAAGUUCAAGACACUGGCGUCCAAGAAGCCAGACCCAGAGAAGCAGGCGCAAGCACUGAUGCAGGCCUUCCAAGUCUUUGACCAGACAGGCUCAGGCCAAAUGGAAAUGAAAGAUUUGGGACACAUUGUGACAUGCCUUGGGGAGAAGCUCUCGCCACAAGAAUUCGAGGAGAUAUGUGGAGCCGCAGGCUUGCCAUCAACUGGCAGCCUGGAUUACAGGAAGGUGGUGGACAAGGUGAUCAAAGCGUGAGCGUCGAGUCAACUGCGCUGUGCUGGCAAGCAAAAA